AUGACUCUGCAUGAAGCAUCUUUAAAACAGCCUCUUGGUAUAGUAUGCAAUUGCGCUAAGUAUGCAGAAAUUGUUAAAGAUUUUAAAGUGUAUACUAUUGGAACAACAAAUCCUGUGAUACCUAAAUUUGAAAUAGAUCCCACUAUUUCGACUCCAGUUGUUUGGAUUAAAGAUAAUAUACAACGUUAUCAAGAAUUUGACAAACCGAUUUUUUAUUGUACUCAAUGUAAAUUUGAUGAAAUUAAUGCAUCUAAUAUAGAAAAAAAAUGGAUACCGAUAACAUUGGAUCUUAUAUCACCAAAGGAAUUACGUCCUAACUUAAGUUACCUAUAUACAGCAGGAUUGAAUACUCAAUCUGCAGAAUUAUCAACUUUAACUGACAUGCUUCCUCAUAAAGGUAGAGUAAUUAAGCAAAAAGACAUCAAAUGGGGAAGAGAUUUUUGCUCAAUGCCAGUAAAAAUGACUAAUGAACCAGAGACACACUUUGGUAAAAUAAAAGGAUGCUUUACCACUUGGGCAGAGGACUAUAUUCUUACUACUGGUUAUAGCCCUUUUUAAUUAUAAAUAAUACCUAAUCAAUAAAGACUAAUAAUGAGUUUUUUUUUUUAUAGUAUCCUCUAU